UCCUUCUCGUAUUAGCGAGGAGGAGACUGCGCGCGAGCCUGCAGGCGCGCUGACGAGGCUCACCAUGGAGGAGAGGAUAAAACCAUCAAAUCAUAAAAACAUCCAACUCAUCGUCGCGAUGGAGGAUUUAUGAGGAUUAUCGCGAGACUACCGAAAGAUAAGACAAAAGUGAUGCUUCAGAUGCCUUAAAGGUUUCCACUUGACCAACUCACAAGUCCAAGAUGACGACAGAGUCCACUCUUAACCUUUCGUUGUGGGUUUCCACCGGUGGGUAUCAUCCACACAACACUUCCAUCUUCUCCGCGUUCAACCCUACCUCGCCAUCAUGGGAAGCCCCCGCCUUCACCGUCGCCGCCUCGUGCCGCGUCGCGGCCACCUUGGUGCUUUUCGUCUUCGCGGCCAUCAGCAACCUGUCGGUCCUGAUCAGCGUGUGCUGGGGGCGGGGCUAUCGCCUGGCGGCCCACCUGCGCCCGCUCAGCAGCUUGGCUUCGGCGGAUCUGGUGAUGACAUUUGUGGUCAUGCCGCUGGACGCCAUUUGGAAUAUGACGGUGCAGUGGUACGCCGGGAACAUCAUGUGUAAGCUGCUGUGUUUCCUCAAGCUCUUCGCCAUGCAUUCGGCUGCGUUCAUACUCGUCGUGGUCAGCCUGGAUCGAUACCGCGCCAUUCUUCAUCCUCUGGAUUCCCUUGAUGCUGUGAGGAACAAACGCAUGCUGCUGGUGGCCUGGACUCUCAGUCUGCUGCUGGCAUCCCCGCAGCUCUUCAUCUUUCGGGCCGUCAAGGCAGACGGAGCCGACUUCACUCAAUGUGCGACCCACGGAAGCUUCCAGCAGCGCUGGCAGGAGACGGCAUACAACAUGUUUCAUUUUGUGACUCUGUAUGUCUUUCCUCUGCUUGUCAUGAUCUUCUGCUACACACGCAUCCUCACCAAGAUCACUGGCCAGAUGCACAAAAGCAAAGAUGGCGACCGAUGCCUGAGACGCAGCGGGAAAGACAAGAUUCCCAAAGCGCGCAUGAAGACCCUCAAGAUGACCAUAGUGAUCGUUAGCUCCUUCGUCAUCUGUUGGACCCCCUACUACAUACUAGGGAUCUGGUACUGGUUCCAACCAAGCAUUAUCCAGCACACCCCAGAGUAUGUUCACCACAUACUGUUUGUCUUUGGCAACCUGAACACCUGCUGCGACCCCAUCAUCUACGGGUUCUACACCACCUCUUUCCGGGCUGACCUGGCCGACGUGGUUGCUUACUGUUGCCACGGCCGCCGCAUCAACAACACCUCACCGCGCUCCGUGGAUCGCCUGUCCACCCGAAGUGCCGGAGCUGCCGGCGAGAUGGAGUCUGAUUUGAGUUCCAACCCACACAGUGGAAACCUGGGAUAAACGUAGGUGGAUUUUCCCAACCCGGGCGCAGAAUACUCAUAAAAAAUACUGUGAGUAUACAAGAUGAUUGAGUAUCUUCAGAGCGGUUUGAGCAAAGACCUCCUUUCUUCGCUGUCAAUAACACCAAGUCCCUAAUCACCUCUUAGAUGAGAUCAAGUGAAUAUGCUGCAAUGUUUAUACUCAACUUCAAAUGAAUGUAGACUAUGUCAACCAAAGUCUCGGAACACCUUGUCCUUACAUGGACACUCACUGAAAUACUUUUGGAAGGUGUCUAGGGUUCAUGCUUCUAGAGGAACACGAGUGAUGUCUCAAAAAUACUGUGAGGGUGAUUCUCUCCAUCUGUUAGCCCAAAUGUUUAUAAAGAUGGAUGUCAGGGUUUUGUGGAAGUACUUCCACACUAAAGUCUAACACCUGAUCCGAACUCCCAACCCUCUAACGUUAACCCUAACCUCUAGAUCAGGGGUGUCAAACUCAAAUACAGAGUGGGCCAAAAUUUAAAACUGAACAAAGCCGCGGGCCAAGGUUGAACAAAUGAACCUUUUAAUAGGGACCCAAACAAGUUUUGCAUUGAAUAUUGAACAAGCAAGGCUUAUAUAACUUUAUAGUGACAUGCAAAAUCGAGUUUUGAAUAAUAAUAAUAAUAAUAAUAAUUAAAAAAUAUCAAUGGCAUAUCAAAUACAAUUUAAAUAAAAAUGGAAUGCCUCUUUUGUAUUUGCAGCCUUCUGAGGUAAAUAUCAACAUUAACUUUUUCCACAGGCUAAUACAUUUUAAAAUAAAAUAACAAUGAAUAAACCAACCAUUCAGGACCACACUCUCACACACACACACACACACACACACACACACACACACACACACACACACACACACACACACACACACACACACACACACACACACACACACACACACACACACACCUUGUAGCGUCCCGGAAGAGUUAGUGCUGCAAAGGAUUCUGGGUAUUUGUUCUGUUGUGUUUCUGUUCUGUUACGGUGCGGAUGUUCUCUCGAAAUGUGUUUGUCAUUCUUGUUUGGUGUGGGUUCACAGUGUGGCGUAUAUUUCUAACAGUGUUAAAGUUGUUUAUACGGACACUCUCAGUGUAACCUGUAUCGCUGUUGAUCAAGUAUGCGUUGCAUUCACUUGUGUGUGUGUGCGCGCAGAAGCCGCACAUAUUAUGUGACUGGGCCAGCACUCGUUGGACUGGAUGAAAAGCGGUCGUGACGAUUUUCGGGAGGGGCACUGAAAUUUGGGAGUCUCCCGGGAGGGUUGGCAAGUAUGAGAAUUAGCGGUAAAUGCGGUGUAACCGCGGCACCGCCUCUGUAUAUAAUCGGCGGGCCAGCUCUAGUGUUAAUUUGAUAUCGCCUCAAGGGCCAAGUGAAAUUACAAGGCGGGCCAAUUUUGGCCCGCGGGCCAGAGUUUGACACCCAUGCUCUAGAUCCUAAUCCUAACGCACAUUCUAGGAUUCCAAUAUCGAUCAUCAGUUUAUGUAUCGAUCCCUUCCAGUCUGCCGACAGCUGUUAUAUUAUCUCCUCUCUGGACUGUCAUUAAUCUACUUGUGAAUUUCCUGUCGAUGGCUGCUUACUCGCCGCUGUAACACGGUUAGCACACGGUUCUUCCCUUCUGAAACUUUACCAAGCAUUUAUUCCUAGUGUUGUUUCAAGCUAGUUUAGCGGCUAAACAAAGGGGCGUUCACACAUUUGGAUGUCUGUUCAGCAAUUGGCCCUGCUCCCCCGAAGAACGUCUUAGGGUUGCAACCGUUAGUGUCGGCAAUGAAAUUUGUCGACAAUAAUCGUGACAUCGUCACUCGGAAGUGGGUACGCACCGCCACCCGCAAAAACAUCGCCAGUGAUAACGUGUACAGCAGGGGUGUCAAAGUCAUUUUAGAUCGGGGGCCACAUGGAGAAAAAUCUACACCGGACUGGUAAAAUCACUGCAUGAUAACUUAAAUAUAAAUACAACUUCAGAUUGUUUUCUUUGUUUAAAAAUAGAACGAGCACAUUCUGAAAAUGUAGAAAUCAUAAUGUUGUUGGUUUUUUUUUACACUUACAUGUUACGGUUAAUAGUGUUCUAUCUUUUUUUGUCGUUAUUUGUACUUUCUGAAUAAAUUAUGUGAUAAUGUUCAUCAGUCAACUCAUUGGUGUUAAUUUUCAAUCUAUCACAAUAAAAAGAAUAAUAUCAAAAUAAAAUUACAGGAUGUUAUUUAUGUAGUUUACUCAUUUUCCUCGAAUGGUGCACUAACAUCAUGUGGUUUAUUUUUAAUUUUUUUUACAUAUGUAGCAUAAUCUACAAAGAUACAAACUAUUGCUAUUGUGACAUCUAGUGGACACAUUUAGAACAGCAGUUUCUUUCAUUCAAAAAUUUCGGCUCAUUUUUAUACCUGGCAAACUCAUCCCGCAGGCCGGUUAAAACCUGUUCAGGCCCGCGGGCCGUAUGUUUGACACCACUGGUGUAACGUGUGACAAUAUUUCAUCUUAUUCUUGUUAAAAACAUGAAUACCUUGCUCAUUUUGUCAAACAGACCUUGUUUUUAUGGCAGUACAUCUGUGAUACGCCAGCAUUUAAAGCGGAGACAUGAUGUCAGACAUUUGGAGGGAGGAUGGGGACUCAGCCUCGGUAAGUGUACUGUUAGCUUCUGCCUUGCUAGCUAGCUAAGAGUGAGACGAAGUUGUGUGAAAAAUAACUUUAACUAUCAUUUUAGCCAAAGUCAGCCAGCUAAACUUUGUCUACAUCAAUGCAAGUACAUUUUUAAACAGCGUCAAUUUACAAUGCCGUAAAACAAGGCACAAUAAAAAGAGAGACAGACAGGCACCAAUGCGGAUGUAUUAAACAUGCAAUCUAUGAAAUAGCCAUCAUUUUAAGAAUUAAUCAAAUAUAAAAUUCUACACAUUGAGUCUAUUAGAGUGCUAAAACUGUCAAUAGUUAAUCAGUAGUCAAUACACCAUUGUGCAGCUUUUUAAACAUCACACAAUGCUUCUUUUCUUUUUGAGGAAGUUAGAUUUUGUGUUUUGUUUUGUUUUCAUUGCUGCUAUUUUAACGGUUCUGCCCUCACUAUAUAGGUUAUACAGCUUGGCAGACAGCUAACAAACAAUCCAAGACGUCUAAUAAAGUUCCAAAGCAGAUGAAUCCAUUUAGGCUCUUUAUUGUUGUUGAUCUUGCUUUGUCUUUUUCCUAUCUUUACUUUUGUCUUGCACUGGACUUUUAUUUAUGUAAAACUGAAAUACACACAAUGACAACUGUAUAAGCUAUGUGAUUCAAAUAACAUACUGAAAUGUAAUACACAAUAUGUAAAUAUUAGCUUCACACAAAUAUACAGUACUAUCAUCAAACAAACACUGCUGAGUGUUGAAACUAUUUUGAUGGUGGAAAUAUACGACGGGCAGCCAUUUUAAGUCCUCAAAACAUCCAUUAAAACAGUGCACAAAAAUAGUUUUUCAAAAAACAUCUUACUAUCAAAUUUAACCACUUUCCACCUUAAUAUUGAGUUACAUAAACAAGUUAAACAGUUUACUUACAGCAGGGGUGUCCAAACUUUUUCCACUGAGGGCCGCACACAGAAAAAUUAAAGCCUGCGGGGGCCAUUUUGAUAGUUUUCAUUUUUAAAUCAUAAAAAAAUAUAUGGAUUUUGGGGGGUUUUUCCCUUUAGGGCUCCCGGGACCAUAAAGGGUUUAAGUCAUUAAAAUGUUAAAAACAAGUCAAAUUAUUAUUAUUUUUAUUAUUAUUUAACGCUUACAGUAAAUCUUUACAGUAUAUCAACUUCAGGUUGAUAUCAAAUUUAAAAAACCAAAAAGGUUUUAUGCCUUUUUUGUCAAGACAACUUUGUUUUUUAUAAUAAAACUGAAAUAUGCAGUAUUUUCCCCACUGCCCAAAACAUUCAGAAAGCAAUGUUUGAUGUGAAGUAAUUAGAGCCCUAAAAACAUCAAUAAUGCAAGACACCAUUGGUAUUAAUUCAUUGUUAUUUUUGAGUAAUCACAGUAAAAAGAUAAAUAAAAUCCCUUUAAAUAUAUUUAAGAUACAAAAGGUGCCCCACUCAUAAAGUGAUACAUUUGUAUUCAACACUUAAGUUACGAGAUCAACUUCAGAUAUAUCUGUCAAUUUUACGUUUAAACUAUUAUUUUGUUGGUUUUAUGCUCUUUUGUCAAAGAAAACGUUGAUGUUUUUGUAUGGCAACCACACAAUAUAUGCAAUAUUUUACACAUAAAACAUUUUAAAGUGAAAUAUUUAAAAUAAUUGGAGCCUUGAAUAGGUCAAUAAUUCAUUAUAACAUUGAUUUUUUAUUUAUUUUAAGCAAUGGCAAAAAAAAGAAAAAUAAAGAUAGACAAAAGAAAAAAAGCAGCCUGCAUGGCAGCUUUGUGUCAACAUUACAACUUUUUCUAGUUCGAUUUCACCUCAUUCCACUUUUUGUAAUAUUAAUUUUUUUAUUUGUGCAAUAGCAAUUCCAGAAUGUGUGGCGGGCCGGUAAACAAUUAGCUGCGGGCCGCAAAUGGCCCCCGGGCCGCACUUUGGACACCCCUGACUUACAGACUUAUCUUUUCCAAGGCUUGUAAGAGCUAACACAAUUUGUCUACUUCUCAAUUGUCUCAUGAACUGAACUGACAUCGUCAACCCGGAAGUGCCCAAACUAAUGAAGCGUAGUAUUUUCAUAUCGCCACAAUAUGUCAGUAAGAGUCUACAAUCAAAUGGGCAUAACAUUAUCUGUUUUUUAAAAACAUAAACAAGGUUGUUUUUUUUGGUUUUUUUUUGCAAUUUGCUUUUCCUUUCUUGUUAAUGGACAACAUUUUAAUAAUCAUUUACAUUUUUGUAACAGCUGAACGAGCAGCGCAGUUACGGGAAAAAUAAAUAUUUAUGAAUGACUAGUCAUCUUUGUUGUUAGUAAGCAAAUGCAUAAAAUAACUUCAGCUGCAUUUAAAAGUCGAUGGAAAAAUUAGAGCCAUUAAAUAUGUGUUCGCUAAGAUCGUUAAGAUUGUCGUUGACUAAUUGACUAUGAAAAUAAUCGUUAGUUGCAGCCCUAGACCGUAUUAGCAAUGAGCACAAAACCUGGUUAUCCAUCACUCAUCGUCAUGAAACCUGUGAACACAUUUUUUUUUGCUACAGCCUUGGCGGUCCGAAAUUAGCCCUGUUCCAAACGUCGUGUAAUUAAUGGCAGCCUCCGUAUUUGCGCUGCAAGUGCCAUGAUAAUUCUGUGUUAACACCGCCAUAUUCCGACGGUCACAUUUUCCUCCUGGACAUUUACGACAUGAACACGUUAACCACACGGAGGUGGCGGAGUUCAAUGCAGAAGCCUCAGGGGCUCAUCAAGGAGCUACAUGGAGGCACUGCGGUUGAUGCGGAGCAGAGGGUGGAGGACUCCGCGCCACUCUGCGUCGGUGCCGUGUUCAAAACAUGUUGAAAAAGGCUUCCCGCCAUCAUUGGGACACCUUUCACGGUGGUUUGACAAAUGCCAUUAACCGUCAUCCAAUAUGUGAACGCCCCUUUAGUGAUUAGCAUGCCUGCUCCUGGCUUGCUCCCUCAGUGUGUAACAUGUUUAGCCUCGUCCUCCUGUGUAAUGAUACUUUAGAUAUUACGAAAUAUAGUUUAUUUUCCGCAAUGUAGGUGAUCGAUGAUUAUCAACUUAGGGAAACGGCUCCACAUAGUGUUGAAACGUACACAGAUAGCUGCUAGCCGCCUGUCAGCAGGGGGACUAAAAAUAUAUCAAAUGUCAGCCAGAGGGGGAUCAGCUUUUUGGAUCGGCAUUGAAAGGCUUUUUCACGACAAUUGACCAAUAUUUAUUGGUGGUCGAUUGAAUGGCAGAUCCUUAGCUCUAGCUCCUAACUGCUCAACGGCCUUGUGGUUAGAGUGUCCACCGUGAGAUCGGUAGGUCGUGAGUUCAAACCCCGGCCAAGUCAUACCAAAGACUAUAAAAAUGGAACCCAUUACCUCCGUGCUUGGCACUCAGCAUUAAGGGUUGGAAUUGUGGGGUUAAAUCCCCAAAAUGAUUCCCGAGCGCGGCCACCGCCGCUGCUCUCUGCUCCCCUCAUCUCCCAGGGGGUGGAACAAGGGAAUGGGUCAAAUGCAGAGGGUAAUUUCACCACACCUAGUGUGUGUGUGACUAUCAGUGGUACUUUAACUUUUAAUUCUCUAACUCUAAUCCAGUGGUUCUUAACCUUGUUGGAGGUAUCGAACCCCACCAGUUUCAUAUGCACAUUUUAUUUUUCUUUAGUGAAAAAUAUUUUUUUUUUUUUUUUUUUUUUCAAAUUCAAGACAAAGUUAUGUUUUUGGUACACUUUAGUAUGGGGAACAUAUUCUAAGUAACAAAGACUUAAUUUAGAAUUUUUUGGACACUAGGGGAACAUAUUCUAAGUAACAAAGACUUAAUUUAGAGUUAUUUGGUUAGGGUUAGGGUUAUAAUAAGGCCAUGCCGAAUAAGGCAUUAAUAAGUACUUAAUGAUGACUAGUUAAGAGCCAAUAUGUUACUAAUUUGCAUGUUAAUAAGCAACUAAUUAAUGGUGAAUAUGUUCCCCAUACUAAAGUGUUACCAUGUUUUUUUACUUGUGCACAAAAUGAACCGUGCAUGAACAUCACCUUGUUCAAAGAACAAAACCAACACAGUGCAUAAACUCACAACAAAUUACACACCUGCAAAUCAGUCAGACUUCUGCUGUUGCCAUAUCCGUAAUACGCCGAUACGGAGAAGUUUUUAUUUACACGAUGAGUCGGGUGUGUUUUGACCUCCGCCGAACCCCUGAGCCCGACUCACCGAACCCCCAGGGUUCGAUCGAACCCAGGUUAAGAACCACUGCUCUAAUCUAAACCCUGUUCCUCUAUAUACCAAGCCCCUAACCCCAGCCCCAACUCUAACCUUAUCCCAGAGCCCUAAUUUAACCCUCAACAAUACCCUAUACAAAUUACCCUAAUCCCGAACUUUGACCCGCUAACCCACACCAAUAAACUCCACCAUACAUACCCAUGCACAAUAAUGCAUCAGAAUCUUACCAACAGCAUUGUAGACUACGAGUGUCUUUACAACAAAAAUCUUAAUUUUUUCAUUCAUAUUUUUCACUUUUCUUGAUCAAAUUUAAUUUCAAAUCAAUUUUCUAUAGCGCUUGUUUUCAUUAGCGUUUCGGCUGAGCUGGAGCCUAUCACAGCUGACUUUGGAUGAGAGGCGGAGUACACUUGAACUGGUCACCUGUCAAUCACAGGACUGAUAUAUAGCAACAAGAAUUCAUACUCACAUUCACACCUAUGCAAAACUCGGAGUCUGCAGUUAACAAAAUUUUUUGGUUUUAGAUUGGGGGAAGAAGUUGAAGUUUUUCAGUAUUAGCAGUCGACUCGCUUUUAGUAAAUGGACUUUGGACGCGUCUGAUGUCAACUUUUUAGAUGCAGUGAAAAACCUUGUUUGUAUUUUGUCUUUUAGAAACAUGGUGUCAGGUUAACACUGGGACAGUGUUGACCGCAUAAACGCAUGUUACUGUCAGUAUUGGCUAAAAAGUACUACAAAGUACAUUCUCCUGAUCCAAUCAAGCACAAGGAUGUGAACGUCCUUUACUCUGCUACAAGUUGUCAACAUUACAUACUGACUAAAGUAAUAAGUGAGUAAGCACACGUUCAUAUGUGAGUUGCAUAUGAUUAUGGGACUACAAUGCAGCGAUGCAGAUUCUAUAUACGGUACGUGCAUGGCUGUGAAAAGCUGAGUAGUGAUGUGUGACGUGUAAAGUUAUUCUCCCUGGUAUUAAACAUCCUAUAACCAAGCUGUUAUUACAUGUGCAUAUGCUGUAUAUGACGACUCUGUAGCAAACUAUAUUUCAUCUUCGGAUGUGAAGAAUCAAACAAUAAAAUUGCUAUCAGACUGGUACCAAACAAGAUUGUUGACGUCUGUUUCAAUAAACAU